CUCCCCCUUCCCCUCCCCAGGCUAUUUUAAGGACAACUGUCUGAGCCUGGGUAGCUUCUCUGGUGAAAGAAACACCAGGAUUGCAUCAGGAAGGAGGAGGCUGGGAUGUUUGGUGUUUGGGUGCCCGGGCUGAGGUCGCUGAGGUUAAGGUUGGAGGCUUCUGGAUCAGGACACCUGUGUCCUUACUGAGGACACUUUUGUCAUGUGCUGCCUACUGACUUCCUGAUGAUCUAGGAACCUCAGUGUCUGAACCCCAGAAACCCAGACAUUGAAGUGGGAUGCAGAAAUUCCAGUUGUGGGCCACAAGGUGCAUCAGUCAGCCGGUGAGGCAGUUUUCCAGGCCUCCAGCCCCCUCCUCCCUCAGACCCAGGAAUCUGAAACCCCAGCUCCCACCUCCCUCAGACCCAAGAGACUGGGCCACCAGCCCCUUUCAUCCAGGUCACAGUUAAUCAGAUCCCUAUCCCCCUGAUUCCAAAGACUCAGGAGUCCAGGCCCCCAGCUAGAAGGACCCCCGAUUGCAUCAUCCACUCAGGCUGACCUGGCCACGGUGGAAUCCUAGCUUCUGCCAAGUGGGUCAGAUAUCAUGCGUCAGGCGUCGGGAAGGUGAUUGGGCAGGUCCAUCUGGAUAUAAAUUCUGGAGCUUCUGCAUCCAUCCCAAGAGACUUGGGUGUCCCGUCAGCUGGGAAUCCAGCUGGUGCAGGAGGACCCGGGCAUCUGGACUACAUGAGCAACCAUCCGUGGAUCUGCUUCCCCAGAUGACCAGGAUCUUAAACAGAAUCUAGACCAUUCAGCUCUUCAAACCCUAGACCCCAGACCUCAUCUGAAGACGUGAGCCAUUGAUGGACUGGGACGAGGCCAAGUUCAAGCAUCUGGGACUGUGGGUCCCAGUGCUAACUGUCCUUCUGCUGGGAGCCUGCCAGGCACGCCCCAUUCCUGACUCCAGCCCCCUCCUCCAAUUCGGGGGCCAAGUCCGGCAGCGGUACCUCUACACGGAUGACGCCCAGGAGACAGAAGCCCACCUGGAGAUCAGGGCUGACGGCACAGUGGUGGGGGUGGCCCGCCAGAGCCCUGAAAGUCUCUUGGAGCUGAAAGCCCUGAAGCCAGGGGUAAUUCAGAUCUUGGGAGUCAAGACAUCCAGGUUCCUGUGCCAGGGACCAGAUGGGAGGCUGUAUGGAUCGCUCCGCUUCAAUCCAGAGGCCUGCAGCUUCCAGGAGUUGCUUCUUGAGGAUGGAUACAACGUUUAUCAGUCUGAGGCUUUUGGCUUCCCACUCCGCCUGCCCCCCAGCAGCUCCUCGAAUCGGGAUCCAGCUACCCGGGGACCUUCCCGCUUCCUGCCGCUGCCAGGCCUGCCCCCGGCACCUCCAGAGCCUCCAGGGAUCUUGGCCCCCGAGCCUCCUGACGUGGGCUCCUCUGACCCCCUGAGCAUGGUGGGGCCUUCAUACAGCAGAAGCCCCAGCUACACUUCCUGAAGCUGCCGGCUGUUUAUUAUCACAUCUCCUCUUUAUUUAUUGAGUUAUUUAUCUUAUUUAUUUUUUUAUUUUUCUU